AUGUCUACUCUUGUCGCCACUGAGUUCUGCCCCGCGUACGCUCCCUUCUUUGGAGUCAUGGGUGCCACCAGCGCCAUUGUCUUCUGCUGCUUUGGAGCUGCCUAUGGUACCGCCAAGUCGGGUGUCGGUCUCACCUCGAUGGGAGUUCUUCGCCCUGACCUGAUCAUCAAGGGAAUUGUCCCCAUUAUUAUGGCCGGUAUUAUCGGUAUUUACGGUCUCGUCGUCUCUGUCCUCAUCGGCAACGGCUUCAAACAGCAGAUGUCGUUGUAUGCUGGAUUUAUUCAGUUGGGCGCCGGUUUGAGUGUUGGAUUGGCUGGUAUGGCUGCUGGUUUCGCUGUCGGUAUUGUCGGAGAUGCUGGAGUCCGUGCCUCUGCCCAACAACCCCGUCUGUUCACAGGAAUGAUUCUCGUGUUGAUUUUCGCUGAGGUCUUGGCCCUGUACGGACUCAUUGUUGCCCUUAUCUUGAACACCAAGGCGUCAACAGCCGAAUGUUAA